AUGGAUCCAUCAUCACCAUCAGAGCGCUCAGCUCGCAACUCUCCCAAUCUGUCCAGCGGAAGCACUCUCAGCCACCGACCCAGUCCUAAUAUAGGCAACACCAGCCGUGAAGGACAACGGUCAGGGCCAGACUCUCCAAGCCUGGAAACUCCGAUACCAGACGACGAACAUGGCGCAGAUUUACCAAUGAACAUGACGGCAUCUGUUAUGCUGACUGGUCUACCCCGUGAUGCCCACCAAGCAUUGGCUGACGUUGAGGCCAUUGAUGCUGGCAAAGUCACUGUUCGCUUUCAACCACUUCCAUCCGCCCCAAUACUCAAGAAUCGGGUGUUCAAAAUUAGCGCCUCUCAAAAAUUCGAAACUGUCGUUAAGUUCCUUCGAAAGAAGCUUGACUGUAAAGAUACCGACUCCGUCUUCUGCUACGUGAACAGUGUUUUCGCGCCUGGUUUAGACGAGGGUGUCGGCGGGCUAUUCAGAUGUUUCAAAACUGAUGAUCAGUUAAUUGUUGCUUAUUCAAUGACGCCGGCAUUCGGUUGA